CAUAAUUGCUUUAGUUUCAAUAAUGUUGAGUUUCCUCGUCAAAGGUUUUAUCCUUAAUCCGAUAGUUUACUUCUUCGGCAUAUUUGGCUGUUUCGCUAGUGUCAUAUUUGUUGCCGAUCGAUCAAUCAUUUCACGAAUGAUUCACAAAGACGAGAUUGGGCAAAAUUCUAUUGAAUCAUAAAUUUAAUUACUUUAUUAAUACUACAAUAAUCUCAUUGAGAUUACCUGGAAAAGCUGAGCAUACAGCAUUCCAUAUAAAAUGAAUCUAGUUCAUUUGAAUCAGGUUUAAUUAAUCGCCUAGUAUCGAGCAGAAUAGAUUUGUUUAUUAUUGAAAAACUUUUAGAGCGUCUAUUAAUUAAUAUAUUCACAGUAAAUUUUUUCUAGUCAUCAAUCGAAAUGUCUUUGAUCUCAUUACUUUCCAACAAUUUCAUUUCAUCUCAACUUAUUUAUAACAUAGCAACUGGACUCAUCGCAUUUUGGUGUGUUACUUAUUUGAUACCAACAAUCAAACGUUUAUUCACCUUACCACCUGGACCAUGGGAUUUGCCUUUUGUAGGCUACUUGCCUUUUUUGCAGAAAAACAAUGAAUAUAAAGUUCUUGACCGAUUAGCAAAAAAAUAUGGACCAGUUUAUAGUUUGGGUUUGGGUAAAGAUACUGUUAUUGUUGUUAAUGAUUGCGAUCAUGCUAAAGAAGUGCUUAAAAAUGAUGAUUUACUUUAUCGACCAGAAAGUUUUGCGAAAAAUAAUUAUGUGGUAUCCAUAAUUGAAAUGUCUGGUUCACCAUGGCGGGUUCAUAGACAAAACACUGUACACCUUCUUCGUGAUCUUGGUCUUGGUAAAUCAUCUUUCGAUGAUAAAAUUAUUGAAGAGAUUCAACAAUUCUUGCCUAAACUGGAGAAAGGUCCCGUUGAAAAUGUGUCCAAUACCUUUCUAUCGACGAUUACAAACAAUAUAUCUUUCUUGUUGCUUGGUCAUGGAUUUGAGGAUGAUGAUCCUGUGAAACAGACCCUUGUUGAUGGUUUUAUGAUUGGUUCAAAAAUUGGAUCUCAGUUUAGUUUUUUUUCAUCAGGAUUGCCGCCAAAGAUUAACAGACUGCUGAUGAAGCCGACUGACUUGAAAAUUGAACCAGCUAAUUAUGAAGUAAUAAAAGCUAUUCCCAAGUACAUGCAAAAUGAGAUUGAUCAACAUAAGAAGAAGCAAACAAAAGAGUUUGAUGAUUAUAUUGAUGGUUAUUUUGAGGAGCAAAAGAAGCGAAAAAAUAGUGAUUUGGACAACAGUGUGCCUUUCGAUGAAGCGACCUUACUAGCAAAUUUGGUUGAUUUUUAGCAAGCCGGAAGCGAAACAGUCUCAACGACACUUACAUGGGCUAUUCUUUAUCUGUUCAAGUAUCCUGAAUAUUAUGAGAAAAUACGAGCUGAUGUAAAGAUGUAAUUGGCUUUGAAAGAUUACCAGACUAUGCAGAUAGAAACCAGAUGCCAAUGACAAUGUCUUUCAUCUAUGAAGUCCAUCGAGCUGCUUCGAUUGUCGCAGUGAAUAUAUUUCGCGCUGCUACUUGUGACUUAAAAAUCGGAAAUUUCAGUGUACCUAAAGGUGCCGCUUUCAUAGUCAACUUUUGGACCAUUAAUCGUGACCCUUCUUUGUACAUAAAACCAGAUGAAUUUGAUCCCAGUCGAUUCUUAACCGAUAAUGGAACCAAAGCAGUUAAGCCCUCAUUCUUGAAUCCAUUCAGUAAAGGCAAAAGAGGUUGUCCUGGAGAGGGUUUUGCCAAUAUUGAAAUAUUUUUAUAUCUUGUUAGUAUUGUUCAAAGAUACAAGAUUGAAUGUGAACCUGGAUCAAAAUUAUCGUUUGAAGCUCAUUAUUCAACAACUAGAAAACCAAAAUCGAUUCCACCGUUAAUAUUCACAAAAAUAUCAGAAAAAAAAACUAAGUUUUAUAUUUGAUUAACUGUUCAAUGUACGAAAGACUGUUAAUGGAUGAGAAUGAGAAUCAUUUGAUUCUUAUUUAGCGCGAUCUAUCAUUAUCAAUGAUAAAAAGUAGAAAAUUUUGUAAUGGCAUGAAUAUUUUUAUUAAAUAAAUCGAU